CCAUACUCUACGGACUAAUUUUGCAUUUUUUUCAGAUUUCACUUGAACAUGAGAUAUUACUUCAUCCAAGAUACUUUGGCCCUCAGUUGAUGGAUACAGUCAGACAGAUGUUGUUUACUGAAGUGGAAGGAACAUGCACGGGAAAAUAUGGAUUUGUCAUAGCUGUCACCACAAUUGAUCACAUUGGAGCUGGUAUGAUACAGUCUGGUCGUGGCUUUGUGUUGUAUCCAAUAAAAUACAAAGCCAUUGUUUUUAGACCCUUUAAAGGAGAAGUCCUAGAUGCUGUGGUGACUCAGAUCAACAAAAUUGGCCUUUUCUGUGAAAUUGGCCCCAUGCAGUGUUUUAUAUCUAGACACUCCAUCCCUCAGGAUCUGGAGUUUGAUCCCAACUCAAAUCCUCCAUGUUACAAGAGCAGAGAUGAGGAAGUUGUUAUACAGCAAGAUGAUGAAAUUAGAGUGAAAAUUGUGGGCACAAGGGUAGAUGCUACUGACAUUUUUGCCAUUGGAACGCUUAUGGAUGAUUACCUUGGUCUCACAAGUUAAUCUGAUAUUCUUUCAAGAACGUACAUCACCUCCAGUUAUCUCAGGAUUGAUUCCAAGAUUGUUUCAAGUUGCCUGUGGUAUACAUUAUUCCUGUAACAAUGUCAGUUCACUUUGUCAUGUAUUUCUGUGUUGUAGCUCAAGCUAAAAGCAGUCAGUUCUCGAGAGUGAUGGUGAUUUUAGGCUGACUUUGAUCAACUUAAUAGCAGCUGGUAGUUCAAUGGGUAUUUUAUAAAUGAAUAGUAUUAGGUAAAACCUGCCAUAAACUUUAUAAAUUUGCAGCAUCAUCCUUUUUCAGGGUAAAACUUGAUUCAUCAUGCUUUCUUCAUAUUGCAUAGAGGUACUUUGAAAAUUAUUCAGCAAUUUAUUUUAAAAUAUAAACGCUGAACAGGGAUAGCUCAUUCAAACGAUUAAGUGUAUAUUUCUGUAGUACACCAUCAUCACCACCCUGUUUCUAAUAUUUUCCUUCUGUAUUUAUUUUACUGAUAAUUUACUUUUUCACAAGUAUGAUUUUCAUUAGUUGCGUUUAAGGCCGAUUGUGGAGUGUGUUUUACUUUGAGAGGGACCUUUUCAAAUAGUCAGGUACAGAUGUGAAAUAUGCCAGUGACUGGGAUUGACCACAAAUCUGUUAUUUUUUUUUUUCAUAAAAAUUCUAAGCAAUUUUUCACAUCUAAGUUGAAUCAUGAUUGGACACACAUUGAUUUUUCACAUCAAAGUUGAAUCAUGGACACAAAUUGAUUGUUGUGACAUUUAUCAAACAUUAAACACUUCAGCUUUGUCAAUUUUCACCUUUUAUUAGAAGAUUUUUUUUGUAUAUAGAACUAUUAAUUUAAAUUUUUUAUGCUGUUGAUUUAGAUUUUGUCUUGUUAAAACAUCUCAAAUUACCAGACUUCAGUGAAAAGAUAGUUUUGCUAGGCUACAUUUUGUGGAUUAAUCUCUGAAAUUAAACAUGUAAAAUACAUUUUGGGUUAAAAGUUAAAUGGAAUAUGGUACACUGUUGGGUAUCACAUAUUCAAGAAUUGGCUAAGUAAUCCUUGUUGCCAGUCGGUAACAAGACUUAAAGCAUCUGGUAAGUUGAAAGUCAACUAUUUAAAAGAUUCAAGUGUUCAAACAUUAUAAUAUUAAAAUUUUUCCAAUUGAUAUUGUUCAUUAGGUCAAGAAAAGUAUUUUUGUUUAUUACAAUUUAUUAUAAAUAUACUAAAAUUCAUAAA